AUGUUAAUUGAAAAAUUACUAAUUGCAAACCGUGGAGAAAUUGCGUGUAGAGUGAUAAAAACUUGUAACCGGUUAGGAAUUUCAACGGUUGCCAUAUACUCCGACAGUGACCGAAAUGCUCUCUUCGUAAAGUUGGCGGACGAAGCUAUUCACAUCGGUCCUUCACCUUCGAUAGACUCAUAUUUAAACGGGAAUAAAAUCAUCGAGGUAGCUAAACGCGUUGGAGCAGACGCCAUUCAUCCCGGUUAUGGAUUUUUAUCGGAAAAUGCUGAAUUUGCAAAGUUAACCGUUGAUGCGGGAAUUCGUUUUAUUGGUCCUUCACCCGAAUCUAUUUUAGCUAUCGGUGACAAGAUUUUCGCCAAAAAUUUACUUGCUGAACAUCUUCCAUCCGUUCCUCUUAUACCCGGAUAUAAUGGUUCGGAUCAAAGUAUAGACGUGUUAGUGCGUGAAGCUCUUAAAAUCGGGUUCCCUGUAUUAUUAAAAGCUUCGGCUGGUGGGGGAGGCAAGGGUAUGCGCGUUGUUCGAGAAUCAGAUAUAUCUAGAUUACGUGAUGAAAUAGAACUUGCAAAAUCGGAAUCACUUAGAUCAUUCGGUUCGGAUAAAUUAUUAAUAGAAAAAUAUUUUGAUACAAUACGACAUGUUGAAAUACAAUUAAUGGGAGAUAAUUAUGGUAACGUUUACCAUUGUUUUGAAAGAGAUUGUUCAAUACAACGUCGUCAUCAAAAAGUCAUCGAGGAAACACCUUCCCCCCACUUAGAUUCAACCCUAAGAGAGAGCAUGACCGCGGCAGCUAUACAAAUUGGUAAAUUUCUUAAAUAUCAGGGAGCCGGUACCAUUGAAUUUAUUGUGGAUGAAGGUGACAACAAAUUUUAUUUUCUUGAGAUGAAUACACGUUUACAGGUUGAACAUCCUAUUACGGAAUUAACGACAGGAUUGGAUUUAGUCGAAUUACAAAUAUUAGUGGCACAGGGAUAUGAUUUAUCACAAUCGCAAUUACCUACAUUGAAAUUAAAUGGGCAUGCUAUUGAAUGUAGACUUUAUUCAGAAGAUCCAAACAACAAUUUUCUUCCAAGCACAGGUAAAAUACGAUAUUGGAAACAAUUGUUGGUGUCAAGUAUUCGUUAUGAUACUGGCGUGGAAACAGGAUCCGAAAUAUCUAUAUAUUAUGAUCCAUUAAUAUCAAAAAUAUCAGUAUGGUCACCAACGAGACCUCAAUCUAUACAAAUUAUGUCAUUUGCAUUACAGAGUACAAUAGUGUUGGGUUUAAUAACAAAUCAAUCAUUUUUAUUAAGUAUAAUUAAAAGUCCUGAUUUUAUCAAUGGUUUUUAUGAUACGUUGUUUAUAGAAAAACAUGACUUUUUUGUUCAACAAGGAGACCUUUCUUUGAAAAUUCACUUAAAAGAGAGAGAAUUAAUCAUUGUACCAUUUUUAUGGUUAUGGUAUCAAAGAGAGAGAAAUCGUACUACGUUACGACAUGUCCCAUCAGGAUGGCGUUAUUUGAAAAGUAAAAAUCCGAUAGACGCGUAUUACAUAAAUCAUCUUAAAGAAAAUACUUUGUUGGAAUUGGAAUAUGAGUAUCAUAGAAAUAUCGAUGGAUCAUUUAUUGACGAUACGGAUCAUAAAUUUAGUAUUUGUAUUAAAUCAGGAGAAGGAAAAAGAAAAAGUGUAGUCUUACAUGGGAUCAUGAUGAAUGAAAGUGAUGAUAAUACUUAUGGAUCCUUGCGUUGUUCCAUUGAUGGUAUUCAACGCGUGUACGAAAUUGCAAAUGGACCGAAAAAUGGCCACCUACAAGAAGUUUACGUUCAUUGUCAAGAACUAGGUAAACAAAUUAAAUAUAUAAGAAGGAAAAAACUUGAAACGGUAGCCGAAACAACGGAAGAUGAUGUUUCACCGUAUAUAGCACCAAUGCCGUGUAAAAUAUUAAAAUUAUUGGUGGAUCCAAAUUCAAAAGUUAAAAAAAAUGAUGCAAUAUUAACAAUAGAAUCGAUGAAAACCGAAGUUAGAUUGUAUUCUAGACAUGAAGGUGUUGUAAAGAUAUUGGUCAAAGAGGGGGAUGUCGUUGACGCUGGAACCAUUUUAGUUAAGAUUGAUUAA